UACGUCCAGAGUCGCCCAGACUCUUGAGCUUCCACUCUAUGCAAUGCAAAUCUCAAGCACUGCACUACAUACACAGUAAUGUACUACCGCCCCGGACUCGGAUAUCAGGCCUCGGCCUCAGGUGCCAUGGACUGAAAUGAAAACGCCUCAACGGCUCAGUUGAUUACAGGCAUUGGCGCAAACAACAAAACGAACAUAAUAUGUAUUAACAAGGCGCUGGCGACCGCCGACAAGGGAAGGGGAAUCUUGUAACUCAAAUGCGGGAAGAACAUCACUGACUCGAUACGGACUUUGCAAUAGGGCGAGUUGCGCUAGCAACUGGUCAACUAUCACCUGAGGCCUGAAGCCCUGAGCCUCGGUCCAACCAUCAGCCCGACUGGCUGAGGGUGAGCUGAGGGCCAGGCUGAGGAUGACUGAUCUAUAAAGGCUCACCUGUCAUGCUCUGCUUGCCUCUUUUGUUCCGCUUCCUUCAACCCAAGAUAUCUAGAGCAUCCCUCAUUCUGUGUUGCCUCACGACAAUAAGAACUGCAUCACGGCCUCCCAAAUUGUGGGGGCAAACCAGAAAUAUUGUGUCUGGUACAGAUGGUAGUUGGGAGCAUGCCGGGGGGAUAGCAUUUAAGUUAACAGAUCUUUUGUUGCGGAGGGAUGCGCACAUGUUACGCGUUCAGAUCAGAGACCCUUCAGCAUCUCAAAUUCCGGUCCAUGAUUCCGUUGUAACUUGUCACUAUUCAUAACAGGGCUACUGUUGUUCCGGGGUUCCUAAAACACAGAUACUUAUAGUAUGGUUCAUACAAUCUACUUCUCACCCUCAAA